ACACGCCUCCCCCCUCGUUCUCUCGCCGCUCUCUUAACAGCGAAGGAAGAAGACGCCAUCGUCUGCAGUCUCCACGCGCUUCCUCCGCCUUAUUUUAGGCUACCCGCUUCCCCAUUUCUCCACGCCGAGUCUCCUCCCCCCUCCCUCGCCUCACCCCGUGUUUGGUAGCUCACAUCUCCUUCCGCCUCUCGCCAUGGGCGCCGCCGCCGACAACCACGAGGAGUCCAGCCCCCUCCUCCCCACGGCCGGCAUCGCCGCAGGCGAUUGCGAGAAGCUCCCCACGGCUCCGGCUCCCGAGGCUGCGAAGGGCUGCGCUGACGGGUUCCCGGUCGUGAUGGGCGAGCCGGUUGCAUCCUACGCGGGCGGCGUCCCGCGGGAGAGCUGGGACUCGGGGAUCCUGUCCUGCCUCGGCCGCAACGACGAGUUCUGCAGCAGCGACCUCGAAGUGUGUCUUAUUGGAAGCAUAGCACCAUGUGUGCUGUAUGGUAGUAAUGUUGAGAGGCUUGCAGCAGGACAAGGCACUUUUGCAAACAGCUGCUUGCCUUACACUGGCCUUUAUAUGCUUGGGAACUCUCUCUUUGGGUGGAACUGCCUAGCCCCAUGGUUCUCUCAUCCCACUCGUACAGCUAUUCGUCGACGUUACAAUCUUGAGGGUAGCUUUGAGGCAUUCACCAGGCAAUGUGGGUGCUGCCGUGGUCUCGUCGAGGAUGAGGAGAGGCGCGAGCACCUAGAGGUUGCCUGCGACCUUGCGACUCAUUAUGUCUGUCACCCUUGCGCCCUCUGCCAGGAGGGGCGAGAGCUGCGCCGCAGGGUCCCUCACCCCGGCUUCAACAACUCCGUCCUCGUCAUGAUGCCACCCAUGGAGCAGACCAUGGGACGUGGCAUGUGAACCGUUCCAGCUCCUGCCCUGCCCUAGCCCCUAGCUGGAUCUGUGCUAUAUCUCGGUGUGCUGCUGUUGUCCUUUGCUAUCUUGUCAGUACGUCCGUAAAUACGAGUUUGCGAAUGAGAUCAUGUUGGGACAGUGGGGUCUUACGUGCUUUUUCCCGACUGCUGUGUGGAUUCUUAAUUACAGUGUAUCACCUGUGUGUGUUUGUUGUUCGCAAUCCACCAUCGGAUCUCAAUGUGAACUUGUGAAGUUUAUUUUCAUUGUA